CCGUCUCCAACCCUUUGAUGGAGUCGGUACAACAACAAAGAGAGGAAGAAGAAGAACAAGCUGCUUUGAGAAAACAAAGAAUGGAUAAACUCAAAGCUUUACAAACUGCUGGAUUCUCUACUUAUGCCCUUAUCGAUGGUGAAUUGACUUUCUCGUUUUCUCAGUCAUACUCAACCUUGAUGAUUAGGAAUAAGACACAUAAUGCUUUGGAAUUGCAAACAACUUACGAUUACUUGUCUCCAGGUGAACAAGUUACACAAGUACAAAUAUCUUUUGCCGGACGUAUCAAAAGCAAGCGAACUUUUGGUAAAUUGAUGUUUCUUACCGUAGAAGAUGAUAGUGGAAGUAUUCAGUUGUAUGUGGAACAACAGACUUUAAAAGAUUCCUUUCGUUAUAUCAAGUCGUUGGUGGAUAUCGGUGAUAUUGUGGGCGUUCAAGGUUGUAUAAAACGUACAGAUAAAGGAGAGUUAAGUAUCGUUGUUGAAGAUUGGCAAAUGUUGGCAAAAAGUUUAUUAUCAUUACCUGAUAAAUUUCACGGUUUAAUGGAUGUUGAGAAACGUUAUCGACUGCGACAUUUGGAUAUGAUUGUUCAUCCAAGUGUUCGCCAAAUUCUGAAACAAAGAGCUCAAAUUGUAUCCACUAUUCGAGAGUUUUUGGAAAGAAAGCAAUUUAUGGAAGUAGAAACGCCUGCUUUGCAUUGCAUUGCGGGUGGAGCGGAUGCUUCUCCUUUUGUUACUUAUCACGAAGCAUUGGAUUUGCAGUUGACUUUGAGAAUAGCUACUGAAUUGUUUUUAAAAAGAUGUAUCGUUGGAGGUUUUGAAAAAGUAUAUGAAAUAGGUAGAGUUUUCCGUAACGAAGGUAUUUCUACUAGACAUAAUCCUGAGUUUACUUCCUUGGAGUUGUAUGAAGCAUACAAAGACUAUCAAGAUAUGAUGAACUUGACUGAAGAAUUGAUCAAAACAGUUGCCAAUCAAGUUUGUGGAACAACAGAGAUAGUAUAUAUGGAAGAAAGGAUACAACUUGGUGCUCCAUUUAGGAGAGUGACGAUGAAUGAAUUGGUAAAAGAAACUUUAGGUUUGGAUAUCUUAUCCUUUCCGGAUAUAGAGACUGCGAAAUCGGCUGUUGAAAAGAAGAUGGAAGAAAGUAUGAAAGAUUGGGAUAGUAUAGAUAGUUUGGGAAAGUUAUUGAGCAGUUGUUUUGAGCAUUAUUGUGAAAAAUUAUUGAUACAACCAACUUUUGUGUUGGAUUAUCCUAUAGAAAUAUCACCUUUGGCUAAACAACACCGCAAGGAUCCACGGUUAACUGAACGAUUCGAAUUGUAUAUUGCUGGAAGAGAAUUGGCCAAUGCUUUUAGUGAAUUGAAUGAUCCCAUAGAACAACGUGAACGUUUUAUGAAACAAUUGCACGGAUCAGAACAAGUUGGGAAGGAAUUGGAUGAAGACUUUUUAUUGGCUUUGGAACAAGGAAUGCCACCGACGGGAGGAAUGGGAAUGGGAAUCGAUCGUUUGGUUAUGUUGUUGACGAAUAGUUCUUCUAUUCGUCAAGUUAUUGCAUUUCCUUUAUUAAAACCUGAAUAAACUCCCAAAAAUAGAUUUUAUGGCAA